AUGUCGACGCCCAACUCGACCCUGCGCCAGCGGGGUCCGAAGAAGGAGAACAGGCCUGUGGUGAAUGGGGACAAGGAAGAUGACGAGGCCCUGAAGAGAGCCCUCGACGACCUGAACAGAAGUGUGUCAAAUGAAUGGGACUACAAGCUAGCACUGGGUAUAAUCACCGUCCUGGCUUUUGCGACUCGAUUCUUUGGCAUCAACCACCCCAACGAGGUCGUCUUCGACGAGGUGCAUUUUGGAAAGUUCGCAUCUUACUACCUGCAACGUACCUACUUUUUCGACGUCCACCCUCCCUUCGGAAAGCUCCUGUUCGCCCUGGUUGGAUGGCUUGUUGGUUACGAUGGGCACUUUCUGUUUGACAACAUUGGCGAGUCGUAUAUCGCGAACAAUGUGCCAUACCUGGCAUUCAGAGGUCUCCCGGCCUUCCUCGGAGCUCUCACGGUCGUGGUAGUCUAUUUGAUCAUGUGGGAGUCAGGGUACUCUCUGCCUGCCUGUGUUCUGGCCGCAGGGCUGGUCCUCUUCGACAACUCUCACGUCGGACAGACUCGCCUGAUCCUCCUUGAUGCCACGCUUGUCUUCUUCGUCUCCCUCAGCAUAUACUGUUAUGUCCGCUUCUACAAGCAACGACACGACGCAUUUGGCAGGAAAUGGUGGAAAUGGCUUCUGUUGUGCGGCUUCUGUAUGAGCUGUGUCAUCUCCACAAAAUACGUCGGCGCAUUUACCUUCUUCACCAUUGGAUGUGCCGUGUUGCUCGAUCUGUGGGACCUCCUAGACAUCAACCGGAAGGGAGGCCCGUUGGAUCUAUUCACGUUCGGCAAGCACUUUGUGGCACGAGCUGUGGGACUCGUCAUCAUUCCAUUCUUCUUCUACCUGUUCUGGUUUCAGGUCCACUUCGCCAUCCUGACCAGAUCCGGCCCUGGCGACGACUUUAUGACGCCAGAAUUUCAAGAGACCCUCAGCGACAACCUGAUGCACCAAGCUUCGGUCGACAUCCAAUACUACGACUAUAUCACCCUUCGCCACAAGGACACGAAAGUGUACCUCCACAGCCAUCCAGAUCGGUACCCCCUCCGCUAUGAUGAUGGCCGUAUUUCCAGCCAAGGUCAACAAGUCACGGGUUACCCCUUCAAUGACACAAACAACAACUGGGAAAUCUUGCCAAAUGUCCCCACGCCUGAUCCAUCCACUUGGUCCGGCAAGCCUGUGCUCAACGGGGAUGUGGUCAAACUCCGCCACGUGGUCACAAACACCAUCCUCCUCACCCACGACGUCGCAUCGCCUUACUAUCCUACGAACCAAGAAUUCACCACCGUGCCACUUGACGUCGCGGCUGGAGAGCGCCACAACGACACCCUAUUUGAAAUCCGGAUGGAACAAGGCAAGAAAGGCUCACCAUUCAGAUCCAUGUCCGGCCAGUUCAAACUGAUCCAUUACCCGACCAAAGUCGCCAUGUGGACACAUACCACUCCCUUACCGGAUUGGGCCUUCAAACAAGCCGAAAUCAACGGCAACAAGAAUGCCCAACAGGCCACCAACAUUUGGUACGUGGAUGACAUUCCGUCUCUACCGGAGGACUCGCCGCGACGGAUCAAGGAGGCAAAGAAGACGAAAUCUCUGCCUUUCUACCGCAAAUACAUUGAACUCCAGCGUGCCAUGUUCUACCACAACAACGCCCUUACCGCGUCACAUCCAUACGCGACCCAACCGUACCAGUGGCCCUUCCUGCUCCGGGGAGUCAGUUUCUGGACCCAAGACAGCACGAAGCAGCAGAUCUACUUUCUCGGCAAUCCGAUCGGAUACUGGAUUGCGAGUGCUUUGCUAGCUGUCUUCGCUGGCAUCCUCGGCGCCGAUCAACUAAGUCUCCGCCGUGGGAUCGAUGCCCUUGAUCGCCGCACGCGGUCAAGACUGUACAACUCGACGGGCUUCUUCUUCCUCUGCUGGGCGGCACACUAUUUCCCCUUCUACCUCAUGGGCCGCCAACUCUUCCUGCACCACUACCUGCCCGCCCACCUGGCGUCGUGUCUCGUGACGGGCGCGCUCGUCGAAUUCAUCUUCAACGUCGACCCGGUCCUCGACGACGAUGUUCCAACUACCGCGAAGAAAGAUACUGGUAAGCCACUGGCAAAACCACAUGACAACAACAAGGCGCGGAAGCACUUUCAGACCGCCAGCGAGAGGCUCCGGGGUCAGAGCAUGCUGGGCACGUGGGUUGCCACGGGUGUCGUCCUGUGCGUGGUACUGUAUGGGUUCUAUUUCUUCUUCCCAUUGACGUAUGGCUGGCCGGGCUUGACGCCCGAGCAGGUCAACGCCCGCAAGUGGCUGGGUUACGAUUUGCAUUUCGCAAAGUGA